CAAACCAUUUAUAUUUGAAAAGAUCUAAGCAAAAAGAGCGAACAGCACAGAUCUCUGGCAGAAAACCAUAGUAGAAACGUCUCUAUGGUCUAACUUUUCGCACAUGGCAUCCGACAAUGAAACUCAGCUUAAAAGCCUUGAAGUCCUUGAAUACAAGGAAGAGACUAGCUGGGAAGACUUGGGUCUCGAUCUGGAUCUACUACGUGGCAUAUAUAACUACGGGCUGAUAAUCCCCAGGCACGUUCAACACCGCGCUAUCCCAGCCAUACUCCAUGGCCACGAUGUCAUCAUCGAUGCCCCUGACAUGGCAGGCAAAACUAUAGCUCUAAUUCUUUCUGCACUUCAAGCUAUUGAUAUUUCCAAUCCGGAAUGCCAAGUGUUGAUUCUUGUACCAGUCCCAGACAUGGUGCCAAAGAUCCAUCACAAAAUACAGGUGCUAACUCAGUUUAUGAUGCAACUGAUUACGUUUGAAUGUAUGAGCGCCAGAUCGGCUCUUCCUGUCCAUGAGGUGAUAUCUCGGUUAAGACAAGGUACCCAAUUGAUCGUGAGCACACCAGGACGUGUAUAUCCUCAUCUUCUUGGGCAUAAUUCACUCAGGUCUGAUAUGAUCCGGAUAGUUAUGCUGGAUGAGGUAGAAGAGAUUUUAUCAAGAGGGUUCGAGACUAUAGUAACCGACAUCUUGGCCCAUCUUCAGCAAAAUGUACAGCUGGUACUAGCUACACCUACGCUCAAAGGCGAUCCUGCGAUAGAGAGAAUAUUAGGGCGUUUAAAAGAUCUAGUCCAUAUUACACAGAUAUCUUAAUAACGCGGCAUGAAUGUAAUGGGUGCAGGCAUUGCCGACCGCAAUAGUUCCCGUUGUCUUCUAA